AUGGGUUCUUGCAUGUCAUCACCGUCAGGGGGCAUCGAGGUCACCGAGGAGGAGAAACAGCGGAAUAAGGAGGUCGAGAAGCAGUUGAAGGAGGCAAAGGCCAAAAUGCAGUCCCAGGUCAAGGUGCUUCUCCUGGGAUCAGGAGACUCGGGCAAGUCCACGAUCCUCAAGCAAAUGCGCCUGAUCCACAAGGUGCCGUUUUCACCACAAGAAGUUGAAUCGUAUCGUCAGCUCGUGUUCGAGAACUUGACCCGGGGCAUGGGCUAUGUCCUCGACGCCAUGGAAGACAUGGAACUCAAAGUCUCAGAGGAGAACCAGCACUACAUCGACGAGGUUAUCCACGCCCGCGACAUUCGAGACGGCGAGCCCUUCCCCAGGUCCUAUUAUAAACCCCUCAAAUCACUCUGGCUUGAUCCCAACGUUCAGAAGGCCUGGCAAAGGGGCAAUGAAGCGGCCUUACCGGAAAAGUCAGGCGCUUCCAUUCCUUCUCGUCUGUUUAUUGCUGACUGUCUGGUUACUAGCCUCUUGUACUUUUACUCCUCCCUGGACCGGCUGUUCGACCCAGAGUACCAACCCUCGGAGCAAGACAUCAUUCGAUGCAGGGCGCGCACGAUAGGCAUUACCGAAACAACGUUCGUGCUCAGAGAGCAUGAGAUGUUGAUGGUCGAUGUUGGUGGCCAGAAGAGCGAGCGACGGAAAUGGAUACAUUGCUUCCAGGAUGUGACUAGCAUACUGUUCCUAGUCAGCUUAAGCGGCUAUGACCAGUGCCUAGUCGAGGAUAAGGAUGCUAACCAAAUGCAAGACGCUAUGACGAUCUGGGACUCGAUAUGCCACUCUCAAUGGUUCAAACAGACAUCAAUUAUCCUCUUCCUGAACAAGAACGACCUCUUCGAACAGAAGGUGCCACAAUCAGACAUCAAGAACUUCUUCCCGGAUUAUGACGGCGAGCCAGGUGACGCUAAAGCUGGCCGAGAUUACUUCAAGAAGCGUUUCGCAAGACUCGCCCAAAAGGCUGGCCGGUCCAAGGAACGCGAGAUCUACAUUCAUAUAACCACUGCUACGGAUACUGCCAUGUUGAGAGUUGUAAUGGCUGCUGUCGAAGUAUCAUUCUCCGCUCAAGCUUGGAGACUGCAGCCCUGAUAUAGGCGCUGCCUGGCCCGUUUCCCUUUUGCCCUCUUUCGUUUUCUUUCAUCUCACACGCGCUCUACGCGGACCCGCUCGCUAUCAUACUUCAUAUGUAACAUUAUCUUCAGGUUCUGCCUAAUUUCCUCGCUCCUUUUU